CCAAGCUGUUUUGGACAGCAUUUGAGGCGAGCGAAUGAGUGCGGGCAGAAGUGCGCUUGUGUUUGGAGAUAUUCAGACGGACAGCCAGGGCGCUGAAGCAGUUCACGGAGUUGUCAGGUGGCUUUACGCUCCUUUAAGGCUUCUUAGUUCGAUAUCAAACGGGAUUUUACAAAAACAGUUGCCAGAUGAACACUAUAAUAGAGGAGAAGCAGUGCACCGCGCUCAGGUGUUCAGAGAGAUAAAGACUGUACCUCACUAUACCUGCGGGACCUGGGGCAUACGAACACAAACCAGAACUCACAGACAUUUACUGGAUUCACUCUUUGAGUUGAGCUCAAAGUUCUUUCUGGACAGUUUAGAGUAAGCAGUUGUGUCUUUCUGACUCCAACGGAUGCACCAUGCUGUUGGACAGUCGAUGGUCUGCCCAGGUUCUCCUGGCUCUAUCAGUCCUGAUAUUGGGUUCGGACAGCGAACCUCAGAAUGCCCCUCGGGUAUUCUUGUCCUUCAAAGAUCUGAGGUCGACAGAUACAGCCCAUCACUUCUCUUUCCUGUUGAACACAUCAGACUAUCGCAUCUUGCGCAUGGAUGAGGAUCAUGACCGCAUGUAUGUGGGCAGCAAAGACUACAUACUGUCCCUGGACCUCCACGACAUCAACCGAGAACCCCUCAUAAUACACUGGCCUGUUUCCCCACAGAGGAAGACAGAGUGUGUUUUAAGUGGAAAAGACACAAACGGCGAGUGCGGUAAUUUCAUCCGUCUGAUCGAGCCAUGGAACAGGACACACUUGUACGUGUGUGGGACGGGCGCCUACAACCCAGUGUGCACUUAUGUCAACAGAGGACGCAAGCCUAUGACCGCCAUGCAUCUCCAGAUGCCCCAGACCAGAGGAAGAGCUAGUCGUGCAGCUGAAUCUGAAACCGUGUUUGAUGAGACAGGACUACAGGAAUACAUCUUCCAUCUGGAGCCCGGCAAGGAGGAUUCUGGGAAGGGAAAGUGCCCAUAUGAUCCAAAAUUGAACAGUGUAUCUGCUUUGAUUAAUGGAGAACUGUAUGCAGGGGUGUAUAUUGAUUUCAUGGGAACAGACUCUGCUAUUUUCCGAACUUUGGGGAAAAAUGCAGUCAUGCGUACUGACCAAUACAACUCAAGAUGGCUAAAUGACCCCUCAUUUGUCCACGUGCACCUCAUCCCUGACAGCAACGAAAAAAACGAUGACAAACUCUACUUUUUCUUCCGUGAGAAGUCUUCUGGGAUGGGCCAGAGUCCCAAAUCACAGUCACGCAUCGGCCGAAUCUGCCUGAAUGAUGACGGUGGUCACUGCUGCUUGGUCAACAAGUGGAGCACCUUCCUGAAAGCCCGUCUCAUCUGCUCGGUCCCAGGAGCUGAUGGAAUUGAAACGCAUUUCGAUGAGCUCAAGGAUGUGUACAUACAGCCCACGCAGGACACUAAAAAUCCCGUCAUCUAUGGGGUCUUCUCUGUGUCUGGCUCUGUUUUUAAAGGCUCAGCGGUCUGCGUCUACUCCAUGGCGGACAUUCGGAUGGUGUUCAAUGGACCUUUUGCCCACAAAGAAGGUCCCAAUUAUCAGUGGGUGGCCUACACUGGAAAAAUCCCCUACCCUCGUCCAGGAACAUGUCCUGGUGGGACUUUCACCCCUAACAUGAAGUCCACGAAAGACUACCCUGACGAGGUCAUCAACUUCAUGCGGAAUCAUCCCACCAUGUACAACGCUGUGUAUCCGGUGCACAGGCGCCCCCUGGUGGUCAGGACCAACGUGGACUAUGAGUUCACCACCAUCACUGUGGACCAGGUGACUGCAGCCGAUGGCAACUAUGAAGUGCUCUUCCUGGGUACAGACAGAGGUACAGUGCAGAAGGUGAUUGUCCUGCCCAGAGAUGACCUGCAGACAGAGGAACUGGUGUUAGAGGAAGUAGAGGUCUUUAAGGUCCCUACUCCUAUCACAACUAUGAAGAUUUCUUCAAAACGGCAACAACUAUAUGUGGCGUCUCCGGUUGGGGUGACACAUCUGGCCCUGCACAGGUGUGACGUCUAUGGCGAGGUCUGUGCAGACUGCUGUUUGGCCCGGGACCCUUAUUGUGCCUGGGAUGGCAAGUCCUGCUCUCGGUACUCGGCCUCACAGAAGAGACGCAGCCGGCGACAGGAUGUGAAAUAUGGGAAUCCUAUAAGGCAGUGCAGAGGAUACAAUUCCAACACCAAUAAGAACACACUAGAGAUGGUGCAGUAUGGGGUGGAGGGCAGCAGCACAUUUUUGGAGUGCCAGGCCAGAUCGCCCCAUGCGGCUAUCAAAUGGCACCUCCACCGAGACAACAGCGACAGGAGGAGAGAGGUCCGUACCGACGAGCGCGUGUUAAAGACAGAUCAAGGCUUGCUACUACGUUCCCUCCAGUCCUCCGACUCUGGCAUCUACGUCUGCACAGCCACAGAGAAGAACUUCAAGCACACUUUGGUCAAACUUCAGCUGGUGGUCUUGACCAGCCAGGCCGUCAACAACAUCCUGGUGGAAUCAGGCCGUCCUGUGACAUCUUCGCUCCAAUCCAGCCCCUGGACCCCCAGCGCCGGACAAUACAAAGACCUUCUGACCAUCCUCAGUCAGCCUGAGAUGGGCCUCAUAAACCAGUACUGCCAGGACUAUUGGCAAUAUGGAGACUCUCUGACGGGAGUAAUCAAGGCCAAAGACCUCAAAGAGCUGAAGGAACAGAAGAAACCGAGGAAUCGCAGACAUCAUGGGGACCAGGAGGAGACAUGAGGAGAUUUCCACCCCCCGGCCUUAUAGAAAAGACUUAUAAAAGAGGAAAACCUGUAAAAAAAAAAAAAAAAAAAACUUCCAUCAACUGAAACCGAACUUGCAAGCAACAAACGGAAUUCCCUUUUAACACAUAAAGAUGAUAUCAUACACAGUAUUUAUUGUAGGUUGUAUAUAGUACCAUUCUGUGGAUUUCUUUGUACUUAAAUAGAAAAAUCAAUGCUCUUUGUGUAUAAGUACCUAACGGGCAUAUAUUAUUGUUAUAUUAUUUUUAUUGUCACAAAUACAAACAAAACAAAGGAAAUUCGUUUUCCAUUUUCCGGGCAUUGACGACUCGUAUAAAUUGACGUAAAUUCAAAGACUAUGAACUAUGUUGAACUUGAGGGGUAUGGGUAUGGAAAGAGCGACGGGGAUGAAUCUUGACCCUGGACUCACAGAAAGACAUUCAGAAAAGGCGGGGCUGGAGACGCUGACAUCAUAAUGCACCUCACCACUAGUCCCACCCCUAAGUGCAUUCUGGUCCCUCAUUGGUUCCAAUGAUACACCAGCUCAUAUUGUCUUCCUAAUGUCACUCUGUAUGCACAACGCAUCUGUUUAAUUGCACACAUGUUUGUAAGGUAAUCAAGUUUCAUGGCACAAUUUUUUUUGUGACUGUUUUGACAAAUGUAAAACAGCUGCUGAGGGCUCUUAGUAAGCUAUUAUUGUUUUAAUGCCACUUUUGAAAAGACUAAAAGCACAAACCAACUCGCACCAUGAUGAUGUCAUGAAUGCACAAAUGGGAAAGCACCUCCAGGUCAUAUUUCACCUUUAAAAAAGUUAAUAAAUCCAUUCUUUUAAAUCAUUAUUUUCAUAUACAGUAAGCAAAUUCCCCCCUAUGUUUUAAUGUUCUUAUAAAAAUUUUCUCAUUAUGGUGAAAAAAAAAUA